GAGAAUGACAGUGACAGUGUCAAUGACAAUGAAAAUGAAAGUGACAGUGACAGUGACAGUGACAGUGACAGUGACAGUGACAGUGACAGUGACAGUGACAGUGACAGUGACAGUGACAGUGACAGUGACGGUGACAGUGACAGUGACAGUGAUAGUGAUAGUGACAGUGACAAUGAUGGUGACAGUGACAAUGAUAGUGACAGUGACAGGUGAAAGUGAAAGUGAAAGCGAUAGUGACCGUAGCAGCGACACUGACAGUGAUAGUGAAAGUGGCAGUGUAAAUAACAGUGAC